AUGAAGAUACUAUGCUUCAUAUUGUGUUAUUUCACAAGUUUCAUUUCUAUUAAUGCAUCAUGGAGUAAAGAAGACCAAGAAGUAUUUCGCCUGCGCGAUGAAGUUGAAGCUUCUGAAGGUGCUGGUGUCACUUUCUAUGAUUUCUUAGGUACCAAACCUUUGGCAAAUCAGGAUGAAAUAAAUAAAGCUUACCGACAGAGAUCAAGAGUCUUACACCCGGACAAAGUAAAGCAGCAGUUUAUAACAAAUCAGUCUUCCAACAAGAAACCUACCAAAGCCGAGAUAAAAGCCGCAGCUAAAACUGCCAGCGAUCGCUUCGCGCGUUUGGGAAUCGUUGCCAACAUCUUACGUGGACCUGGAAGAGAACGUUAUGAUCAUUUUCUGAAUUACGGCUUCCCAAAGUGGAAGGGAACAGGCUAUUAUUAUGCAAGAUUUCGCCCAGGUCUAGGCUCUGUUCUAAUAGGCCUAUUCAUAUUUGUUGGAGGUGCUGGGCAUUGGAUCGUACUAUACUUAAGUUGGAAAAGGAGGAAAGAAUUCAUUAAUCGCUACGUGACCUAUGCAAGGCACGCCGUGUUUUCAGAGACUAUACCUGGAUUAGAUAAAUUACCAGGAACGACACAAGCUGUUCCGGAAAGCGCAGAAGUGCAACUUGUUAACCGUAGACAAAGGCGAAUGCAGGAGAAAGAUGGUAAAAAGGAAAAGAAACCGAAGAGCAGCAGAGUUCACAAGCCUGUUGUAACUGCAUUGGCUGAUCCAUGUGGACCAAAAAAGCGUGUAGUCGCCGAAAACGGCAAGAUUCUCGUGGUUGAUUCGUCAGGUAAUGUUUACCUUGAACAAACUGAUGAGGAAGGUGAAAAUGAAGAAAUACUUCUUGAUCCGAACGAACUGAUACGCCCAACUUUUCUCGACACAGCACUCUGUCGUCUUCCUAUCUGGGCCUAUUCUAGCAUUUCCAAUAGAUUUAUGCAACUGGCUCCAGAUAAAGAAGUACAUGAUGUCAAAUUUAGCGUUGAUUCACCAGCAGUUACUAGCAGUGAUAAUGACUGUGACGCACUCGAGAUUGUCAACCCAAUGCCAAAUGGUACUACAACAAAGACUAUGCGGAGGAAGAAAAGCCGUAAGGUUAGAUAG